AUAUAUAUAUAUAUAUGACCAACUGGUCCGGUGAGUCUCGAUCGUGGACAUCUCUUGGGUUCGUACCAUAACUUCUACCUCUAUCGUUCGAUUGAGCUAUUAACUGAAACGUGGCGUCCUAAUAGGACCCCAUUUGAUAAAUGCGGUAGAAAAGCAGAAUAUGCAAAAAAUAAUUGUGGGAAGAAACGGAGAUGGAACAAACAGUAGAGGAGCAGGAAGAGACUUAACAGAGAUUCGUCAAUUAUCGAUUGCAAGCCCAAGCGUGCAAUCCGUGUUGGAAGAGUCUGUAAGCUCGACUGGUAUAUUAGUGGAAAUGGGUGAAGAAGCAUGCAGGGAUUGCAGAAGCUGGGAAGAGGAAAUUUAUUGGACCCAUUUUCAAUGUCUCCAUUUCUCUCAGGUUCUCCGCCCUAGUUUUCGUCGGCAGCUUCCGAUCCCAGAGCAUUUUACAAAAAAUUUGAGAAAGAAACUACCUCAGGUCAUGACGCUUAGAGGUCCUAGUGGCCUUACAUGGCAAGUUGUACUCACAACAAAUGAUGAUACUAUGUUCUUCAAUCAUGGUUGGGAAGAAUUUGUAAAUGAUCAUUUUCUCCAAGAGAAAGAUCUUUUGAUCUUUAAGUACAAUGGGGAUUCAUGCUUUGAUGUUCUAAUUUUUGAUGGUCAAAGCUUAUGUGAGAAGGCAGGUUCAUAUUUUGUCAGAAAAUGUGGUCACAGAGAACAUGACAGUGGUUACCAUACAAAAAGGAAAACUGGUGAAAAUUCUUUUGAAGCUCCUCUUCCCUGUCCUGAGGAUGUUGUUGGGUUCUCUCCACCUCAGAAAUCUGCAAAUAAUGACAUUGACACAACACCAUUAGGGCGACCUAACAUUUACCGCUGCACCACCAAGAAGACACGAAGGGAAAUUGAGUUUACCAACCCUAUUCAUGAAGAAUUUUCUACUUCUGAUGAGGAAAUAGAGACAAAGCCUGACAUGGAGCACGUCAGUCCAAGUGUGGUGCACAGUGUGCCAUAUCUAUCAAGUAGAAGGCUAAUAACAGAGGAAGAGAAACAGAAUGUAUGCCAGUUGGCACAAGCAGUGUUAACAAGGGAUGGCUUCAUGGUAGUUAUGAAACCUACACACGUGUACCGGAGAUUUUACAUGUCGAUACCUUCAGCAUGGACAUCUAAGAAUCUAAGAUCUCUAGAGAAACAAGAUGUGAUUCUACGCACGAAAGAGAAUACUUGGCACACCAAAUUUUAUUAUCAGAAAUCUAAAAACAGUGGAGGGCUUUCUUCUGGGUGGAAGAGUUUUGCCCUGGCAAAUGACUUGCAGGAAUUUGAUGUGUGCGUUUUUGAACCUGGAAGUCCAGUGAAUGAUGCUAUUGUCCUUGAUGUUAAUAUCUUUCGUGUCUUCCCGGAAGACUAGUGACCUUGGCAUCUCAGGAUUGUUGUAGAUCAUCAGAAGAAAACUGCAUGAAGGUAUUUGGUAAUAAGUACAAAUUAUGGAACGUAUUUAGUUUUGGCUGCGAUUUGGAAUUUUUCCACACUAUUAGUUGUAACAAUCCUUGUGUAUAGAGAAGGGUGGUUUAUGUCCUGUUUAAUGUAUGAGACCUUUGAUGACUGUACUAGCUUUUAUAACAUAACAAUUUGAUUCCUGGGCAAGGAAAUAAAGAAGAAUUGCUUUGGGAUUCCA